AGACGGACUUCGCCGCCGCUGCCUUUACUCCAGUGUCCUGCCUGUGCCGAAGAUGGCGGCGGCGGCGACGGCGACGGCGCUGGACAUCGCGGAGAUCCCCUUCUCCGACCUAGUCGUCCUGCUAUCGCCCGAUACGCUUGCUGACGACGGCCGCUGCCGACGCGUUGUGGACACCGUCGCGACCGAGCUCGGCCGAGGCGGGUCCGGGCUGCUGGCCAUCGCCGGAGUGCCGCGCGUGGGCGCUCUCCGGCGGAGACUCCUCCCCUUGGCCCGACGCCUGGCCCUCAUGGACCACCCGACCCGCUCCCAACUCCUCAAGAAGCAUGGUUUGGGCAGCGACGUGCCUCUGAAGAAGCUCGAUCGGUCCGUAUCCUCGUUCGCGCAGCUUCUAAGGCAUUCAGGUGAACUCACCUUGCUAGAGUCUGUGAACAAUAACAAUGGGUUUAAUUAUUCGGAUAAGAUACAGGAUUGUAACCAAUCCGACGAGGCUAACGGUGAUGAUGAUAUGGAGAAUCUUGGUGACCUCGUUGAGGAGCUUGGUUUGUACAUGAUGGAGCUUGGGAUUUUGGUUGCACGAGCUUGCGAUAUUGUUAUUGGUAAAGGUCAGCUAGAGCAGAGCAUCACUGACUUUGGGACGGCAAAGGCGAGGCUCAUUCACUACCACUCUGAGUUGGAUAACAGUAUUAUCAGGGAUAAGAGCACAAAGAGGAAAUGUUUGGUGAAUAAUGUGGCAGUAAAACCUUAUCAGUCGUGUUCUGGAAGGAGGGCCGGAUCACUGUGCCUGUGUUGCAUUAAGUCAGAAGAUGGGACUACUGUAGUGUCAAUAAAAGGAAAUGAUUCUAAGGAUGCCUCGAUUCAGGGUCAGGCGGCUGCUGAAAUUUCCCUGUUAAACCUAUGGCAGGAAUGGCACUAUGAUUAUGGGAUCUUCACAGUUUUAACAGCACCAUUGUUCCUGAGUGCCUCUGAGGAUGAAAAUAGUUUGGUUAACCUGGAAUGUCAUCCUCCUGAUGGGCACACACACUUGCAGUUAUGCAAUGGAAGGAAGCUAUUCUCUGUUAGAUGCUCUCCUGAGAGCUUCAUCGUUCAGGUUGGAGAGGCAGCAGACAUAUUGUCCCAAGGGAAAUUGAAAUCUACACUUCAUGCUGUGAGUAGACCUUUGAGUUCCAUGGACAUCAGCCGUGAAACUUUUGUUGUCUUCCUACAGCCCUCAUGGGACAAAACUUUAGCUUAUCCUGGUUACUCUUUAGAUGAAGGUGAAUCCAUUCUUAGCAAGGAGACUUCAGCCAUCAGUGAUGGAUCAGCAGGGCCUUGUGAUGAAGAUGCAUUUAUGCAAGGAAUUCAUAAGAAAAUCCCCCCUCUGUCGUCAAGGCUAAAAGAAGGGAUGACAUUUGCAGAAUUUUCUCGUCAGACAACAAAACAGUAUUAUGGUGGCAGUGGCAUCCAACAAAACAAUUGAGCACUAGUAAUACAAUGGCAGAUGCAUAUAGUUGUAGCACACAUUGGACUGAUGUAUUGACUUGCAUUUCAGAACCAAUAUGAAAACACAAAAUGAAAGCGUCCUGGUAAACAAUGCAUGCUGCUCAUCCUACUCGAUGACUAAGUUUUGCAAUUGUUCACAUAACAAUUGGCAUUUUUAACUGAUAUUGACAACAUAUCCAAGGACUGGUGUCCAGAAUUUCUGCUAGGCCUUCUGUUUCGCAGUAGGUGAAUUGGUUACAUAAGCAGCCUUUAUUCAUGUCUUGGGAUGCUGGUUUGAUCUUUUUAGCGUGAAUGUUGAGGGUUGCUUGGAAAUUCUUUCAGGGAGAAGAGCACUAAGAAAAUUAAAAUUGGGCCAUUCCUAUAGAAUAUGCAUGAUGCUUAGUAAUUGAAGAAAUGUCAACGAAAAUUAAUCCGGCCAUUCAUAUUGAACUGGACCAUAUCUUGUUUAAUGCUUUGACGCACUUGGCCAAAUGAAGAAUGAAAUGAAGGCAAUCUUUUCUGUUAUUGCUUUAGUUGAGGCCAGAAGUUAAUAAUGUCUGCUCCUAAAAAAUUAAUGUUCCAUGGCUUUGUGAGUUCAUAAUGGUUGCAGUACCAACAGUUUGUGUGUGUGCCCAAGCCCUUUUGCCAGAAUAUCUGGCAGUGGUUAGACAAUAGUCUGGACAUUGCUACUGUCUACUAAGAACCUUCACCCCAUCAGUCCUGAUGAUUCAUCAUUUCCAAAUCUCACUGUAUCCUCUUUUAUUUCAUUACAAUUUUUUUUUGAAACUUCAUUACAAAUAUUAAUAGAAUAUUGAUUGGACAUUUGGACUGUCAAAAUAUUCAAUCCAA